GAGUCUGGAGCCAUUGCACGGGACCCCACAUUUGACACUGAAGAUUUAUGAAAAUAUGCAUCAUUUUAAUACAGUCUUGGAAUUCAUGAGGUGGAAGCAUAGAUCAAAGCAGUUUGGAGAAGAUUGGAAGUACAAUUUUAUUAGCCACAUCUAGCCACAUCUCUGAGAAACCAGGAGAAAGUAGUGAAGUUGAAAUCAUCGUCAAGUGAUUGCAGCCAUUUUAUAAGAAACUGUCAUUGACUAAGGUCAUUUAAAUUAGUGGAACAAUAAAGCCAAUUAAAGGUGACUGUACAGGAAACAUUAAAAAUUGAACAAUGACUCAGCUAUAUAUUUACAUCAGAUUAUUGGAAGCCUAUCUGUUCAUCAUUUCUCAUGUUCAAGGACAGAAUCCACAUAGUAUGCUCCAGGGCACAGGGAUGAAAUCAGACUCUGAGCACAAAAUAACAGAAAACGGAGCAACCUUAGCACCAGAGGAUACCUUGCCUUUUCUUAAGUGCUACUGCUCAGGACAUUGCCCAGAUGAUGCUGUUAAUAACACAUGCAUAACCAAUGGGCACUGCUUUGCCAUCAUAGAAGAAGAUGACCAAGGAGAAACCACAUUAGCUUCCGGGUGUAUGAAAUAUGAAGGAUCUGAUUUUCAGUGCAAGGAUUCCCCAAGAGCCCAGCUCCGAAGGACAAUAGAAUGUUGUAGGACCAAUUUGUGUAACCAGUAUUUACAGCCUACACUGCCCCCUGUUGUGAUAGGCCCCUUUUUGGAUGGCAGCAUCCGGUGGCUGGUUGUGCUCAUUUCCAUGGCUGUCUGCAUAAUAGCGAUGAUCAUCUUCUUCAGCUGUUUUUGUUACAAACAUUAUUGCAAGAGCAUCUCCAACAGACGUCGUUAUAAUCGUGACUUGGAGCAGGAUGAAGCAUUUAUUCCAUCUGGAGAAUCAUUAAAAGACCUCAUUGACCAGUCACAAAGUUCUGGUAGUGGAUCUGGGCUACCUUUAUUGGUUCAGCGAACUAUUGCCAAACAGAUUCAGAUGGUUCGACAGGUUGGUAAAGGCCGAUAUGGAGAAGUGUGGAUGGGCAGGUGGCGGGGUGAAAAGGUGGCCGUCAAGGUGUUUUUCACCACUGAGGAAGCUAGCUGGUUCCGGGAAACAGAAAUCUACCAAACUGUGCUUAUGCGUCACGAAAACAUCCUUGGUUUUAUAGCAGCGGACAUUAAAGGCACAGGUUCCUGGACUCAGCUCUAUUUGAUUACUGAUUACCAUGAAAAUGGAUCUCUCUAUGACUACCUGAAAUGUGCUACGUUAGACACCAGAGCUCUGCUCAAGUUGGCCUAUUCGGCUGCCUGCGGCCUGUGCCAUCUCCAUACAGAGAUUUACGGCACCCAAGGAAAGCCUGCGAUUGCUCAUCGAGACCUAAAAAGCAAAAACAUCCUCAUCAAAAGAAAUGGAAGUUGUUGUAUUGCUGACCUGGGUCUUGCUGUUAAGUUUAACAGCGACACAAAUGAAGUUGAUGUGCCCUUGAAUACCCGGGUGGGCACCAAACGCUACAUGGCUCCCGAGGUGUUGGAUGAAAGCCUAAAUAAGAGCCAUUUCCAGCCCUACAUUAUGGCCGACAUCUAUAGCUUUGGCCUGAUCAUUUGGGAAAUGGCUCGUCGUUGUAUUACUGGAGGGAUCGUAGAGGAGUACCAAUUGCCAUAUUACAACAUGGUACCCAGUGAUCCUUCAUACGAAGAUAUGCGCGAGGCCGUGUGUGUCAAACGUCUGAGGCCAAUUGUGUCUAAUAGAUGGAACAGUGAUGAAUGUCUGCGGGCAGUUUUGAAGCUAAUGUCAGAAUGCUGGGCCCAUAAUCCAGCCUCUAGGCUCACAGCAUUGAGAAUCAAGAAGACACUUGCCAAGAUGGUGGAAUCCCAAGAUGUAAAGAUUUGACAGUUACACAACCAUGAGGGAAAAGUCUACAUUGCCCCUAUUUCUGUCAUCUAAGGAAUGGCGAGAAUUGGGACUCUUCCUCACUACACCUUCACGGGCUGCUAAUAUUAACCCUUUCAGUACUCUGUAGAAUACAAGCUGGGGACUUCUAGACACUUCAGUCUUUACAUAUGGACAGCUUUAUUUUAAAUGUGGUUUUUGGUGCCUUUCUUUUUAAUUUUUUUAAUUUUUUUUUUUUUUUUUAAAUGAACUGCAUCAAGACCUCAAUCCUGUUAAGUCUCCAGUCAAAGUCUGGAUAUUGAAUUGUCUGUUAUUGAAAUGGUGCUUUCUGUGAAAGCCUUAAGAAGAUAAAUCAAGUGAGCAGAGAUGGAGAAAUAAUGACUUUUGCCUCUUCCUGGGUAAAUGUAACCUGUUUGUUUUCCACCUUUGUCAAACAGCCUCUGAAUUACGAUCUGUUUGGGAUACCACUUAGUUUGUCAUGCCUGUAUAAUGAAAUGCUCGUGUGUGGGAGGUGGUGGCCAUGCACAUGCUCACCAGGAUUAUGAGUGCACAGGAAGACAUUGGUGGCUAGUAUGUUGUGCUUUUAAAAUGCAAUAUCUGACCAAGAUUGGCCAACCACAUAAAAACCAAUUAUCUUACCAAUGAGAUCAGUUUUCUCACCAAUUUCAUUGUUUUUUUUUUAAUGUAGCAGUUUAUAUAAAAACCAAAAGAUUUUAAAAAUAUCUAUAAAUUUGGAUUUUGUUUUCCUACAACCAUCUCUCUGGUUUUGGUAGUUAUUUUUUUGUCAUGAAAAGCAUCCUGUCCAAAAUUGGACCUUUUGAUGCCUUGACCCUUCUAAAGAAAACGCUUCUUGAUGAAGUGUGCUACUGCGUUUUGUGAAAGUGCCUAUAAUCAUAGUCUGUAUUAUUUGCUCUCAGUAACUUUGAAAGGGAAGUUAUUUAUAUUUUGUGUGUAGUGUGCUUCAUUUGCAGAACUCUUGCUUCAGUACAACUAUAUUCAUACAUUCAUACUGUAGAAACGAGCUUUUGUGCACCUCACAUACAUCCUUAAGAGGAAAAAAUGGAAAACAUCACCAGGGGAAAAAAAAUUUUUCCUUUUUGAAAGGAACCACUCAUUAGAAAUUUAUGUUAGAAAAUAUGUAAGUUUAUCAACAGUUGAAUACAUUUUAUUAAGCAUUUAAAUUCAUGAAAUUUUUGGUUUUAUGAUUUCUGUUCCAUAACUUGUACAGAAAAUUAAGUUGGGCUCCCUGAAAACAAACAAAAGAACAGUUCUCCAUGUCUAUACAUAAUUUAUAAAUAGUAUUCAAUAAAAUGCUACAUAUUUUAUAGGCGCCUUGUUAUCCCAAGGAUUUUUGUUUUACCUAAAAUUAUAUUUUGUCCUAUUCUGAAAAACAAAAAAACAACUCAUGGGUACCUCAAGCCAGACAAUUUUCUGUGAAGGAAAAAUGCGAUAUAUGUGUACUCAAAAAGCUAUAAAUUAAAUGGAAGGAAACCAGCAUUCAUUCAUUUAUUUCAAAUUUGCAUGUUGAUAAUACUUGUCCUUUAAAAAUGUUUUCCCCAACUCUAUACUGAGAAAUGCAGAUACUAUAACCUAAAUUGCCUUGUAAUUUUAAAUCACUUAGGAGUUCUGAUUUACUUAGUUAGUCUUAAGUUAACCUUGAUUCUUUUUUUACUUUAUAAAACUAUAAAUCUUGAAAAUCAUUUGUUAUCUAAAUAAAAUUGAAUUUACUUGGCUAAAUAGAAUUGAUUAAUCUUAGGAACUUGCUUAUUAGAAACAAUUUCUAGCAUGAUAAGUUCUUUUAAAGACAAAUCCUGCCAUAUUUGCAAUCCUAACGUCCAAAUAGAUUAUGUUAUGUCCUUGGUUUUUCUUCGCCCUCUCAUCGCAUGUCCAUCUGGUAGGUGAAAUAUUGCAAGCACAUGGCAGACCGGUAGGUGCUGUGUAGCAGUACAGUGUUCUAAACAUAUGUGACUCACACAGUCAUCCCUUUAAAUAAUUAAAAUAUAAAAGUAAAGCAAAUGCCAAACUUACGUAACUAUACAGCAGAAAUCAACUCAUAAAAUUAUCCUUAUAGCUCCUCCUUAUCCUGGUAAAUAUCUCUAGAAUUCCAGUUUGUUUAUUUUACUCUUCAUUUUGCUUUCUUUAUCAACCAAGUUUCUGAAAGUAUGAAUUUUGAUGCUAACUUCUCUGGAAAUAAUUUCACAAAAGAUAACUUUAAUUAGCAUUUUAUGUUGCCUUUCCAAUGUCCAGAAAGUUUUCUAAACUUUGAAUUUGACCUAUAUUUUUUGAAAUAUAGGUUUUCCUGAUAUGUGCCAGAGUUCCAAUUUAGUCACUCGAGUAAAAAUUCAAUAUCUUUUGUUUUAGAUGAUUUAUUUCUCCAUCCAAAAUAAAUACAUAAAUAAAUAAAAAUUUUAAAACUUACAUGGAUCCCUGACUUGGCCAAGGAUCAAGUUUGAAGUUGAAUUUAUUACAGGGCAGAGAUUAUAAAUUUAACUUACUUAUAUUUCUUUGAAUAUAUGGUAUUGUAAAAUGUUUCUAAAUAUCUCAACAAAUUUCAACCGCCGAAAUACGGAUUGUUAUUUUAAAUGACUGUUGUAGCCCUUGUACUAUUUUGACAGUGGUGAUAUUUACUAUUUACUUGGGUCAGAUAUUAAAAUGACAUUGUAGUGGUUCAUUGUCUUCUGCCUCAUCUAAUGAGAGGAAACUGGAGUGAUAAAGUGUUCAUAAAACCAAAUUAAAUCUAGGCCAGCAUAGUGUAAAACCUGAUGUAAUGAUCAUCCCAUAAAGAAAAUAUGGGGAAUAUUGCUUUUACAGAAGACUAACUAAAUUAACGUUUUUGUUUCUGCUCUGUCCUAUGCUUUAAAUGGAAUUAUUUAAGUCCUUUUAAUGACAUUUGUUGUGCCCAUUUCAAAAGUAGAAUGUAAGUAUAUAUUAUGUAAAAUGAAAAUACCAUUAUAGCUUAAUUAGGGAAACUGUAUGUAGACAUUGAAAGAAACAAGCAAUUUUAUUAUGCAAUUAUAAACCACCAAAAGAAUAGAUUCAUAUUUGAUAUGUAAAACACUAAAUGUAUUUUGUACCGCAUCUGAUAUAAGAGGUGCCUUAUUAAGUUGACCGUUAAUUGCUUUGUUCUAUAUGCAGAUUAUGUCCAAUGUAUCAUUUUUAAGUAAAUAACCUUAUUUUAGUAUA